ACUGCGAUACCGUACAGUUGGUGAUAGAUUUCGUAAAAAGAAGCUUCAUUUCACAUCGUGUGUGUGUUUUAUGACGGGAAACUUGUAAGGUAAACCGGACAAACAGUGGUGUAAACCGUUCUCGCCGGAAGCCGAGAGAAGUGUUUGGUUGUGGUUUUUCCGGCCACGAAAUGUGUGAUCCAUGGCCAGCCGUGCUGAGUGCACCGUCGACUUCACAUUCGCUACUGCCACCACCAACCGAGAAUGAUCAUCUGUUCGAGGAGCUGGUGGAGAACAUCGUCUAUGUGGGCAACCUGCCGAAAGAAACGGUGCUGACUGAUCUGAUAGAACUGUUCAAGUACGCCGGACGCAUUGAGCGCGUCGCCUGGUACGGGGAGCACCGUACCGAUAUCAACACGAAGGUUGCCUUCAUCCGCUUUCGACACGCGCGCCACGCGAAGGAAGCCGCGAAAUGGGAUCGAGUGCGCUAUCACGACUCCGUGCUGAUCGUGAUGCAGAUAUUAAAGGAUCAGUUGUUCGACAUGAGCGUAUCGAUAAUAGUGCGAAACAUCCGCGAUGAUACAACCGACUGGCAGCUGUACGAAGCGUUUCGUAGGUUCGGCAAAAUAUACGGCAUUCUGAUACCUACCCAUGGUACUGCCUACGUCGGAUUCUACUACGAGGAGGAAACGCAACGUGCCCUCGAGAUGGACAACAACAUGUUCAAUGGCAACCGGAUGCGGGUGGCAAUGCUGCGACGGAAUCUAUCCCUGCAACAGAUCGACAUACACGACACGGCCAAAAACGAGGUACGGCUGUUGCGUGAUAUGCUGCUCGAGGUGGACGAAAAGCUCGAACAGUUCUACACCGCGUACGACGAUGCGUUUAACUACUCGUCCAAAGAAUACCGCAAAUGGAAGCGGAAGCGGCGCCGCGUGACGCCCUUGCUGAGCGAAUCGAGCUCCUCGUCGGAGAGCAGCUCGUCCUCUGUGUCGGUCAUAUCGAACCGGAGCGCCACCGAGGUGAAGCGCAUCAUGUGCGGCUCGAACGAGGAAAACCGCUGUCUGGGCAUCUUCGGCAUGAGCCCGGAAACGACGGAGAAAAAGCUGAUGAAGCUGUUCUCGCGCUACGGUCAGGUGAAGGACAUCAAGCUCAUCUACGACGGUAAGACGAACGUGUCGCGUGGUUACUCGUUCAUCUACUUCAAGCACGCGAGCGACGCCCGGCGGGCGCAGCGCAAACUCAAUGGCACCAUGCUUGAUGGACGCAAGGUGCGCGUCGAUUUCAGUCGCAGCAAGCCACACGAGGCCCGUGCCGAUCGCCGCAAACGUUCCCCGCCUCCCGCUGCCUCGACCAGCGUCGACCACGAACGGUGCUGCCACCAUGGCCGGGGAACGCACCACAAGAAGCGCAAGAAGCGACGCGUGUGCUACUCAUCAUCCGACUCCGAGUAGCAGUAGUAGGCCAUGGGCUGGAGUGUCGUGCACGGAUCAACAAACACACACACACCCACACACUCGAAACUAAGGUGUUUUCUUCGACUUUUUAACCUUUCAUUUCAUCAGGACACUAUGAUCGCCUACGAACGACAGUUUAAAUUUGCUCACGGCGGCAGUUUCGUCAAGUUUUUUAUUUACCUUUUUUCCCUUAAUUUUAGGAACCAUCUUGUUUAAACGUGGAUUGCCUUCGCGAAUGGCCUAACGCCUCCCGCAGCCGGGAGUGAUUGUGCGCUAUCAACUUUCGCAUUGAAUUCAACUUCCAAAAAAACCCCUUACCUGCGCGCACCAGUCGCAGCAGUCAAUCCAACAACUCAAUUAAAGCACCAUCGAAAGUAAACGCAAUCCAAAGCGACAUGUUCUAAUAAGGAAACAAACAUCAAUCAAAACUGGAAACAAAAACAUAAUGAUACCGAUUGAAGUUGUCCCGUAAAUUUACAUUUAUCUUUAUUCAUCGUUUAUUCGUUGUGCCGGACAGUUCGUUCGUGUUGGUUUUACUAUCUCUUUUCCCGCGUUCGAUACGUUUUACAUCGUCUCAGCUGUAUAUAAACUUAAGAAGCUAUGGAAAAAUAGCUAAGGAUAAAAAUAAACCGAAUUGCCGGAAAGGAUUGAGGAGCUAUACACACAGGAACGUAUAUUUUUUUUUUGUAAUGAAACAUGUAGCCAGGACAAAGUGACGUUGGUAGGAUCUAUAUGUACACACACGCGCAGAAAGGCAUGACAGUGGACGGCCAGUUUGAGCGCGAAAAAACUAAUCCCGAAACGAGAGGAGUGUACAGUUUACCCCUUCGUCGGGAAAAUUUUGCGUGCCGUACGCUUUAGGGAAAGUGUGUGCUGUAGAGGGCUGAACAAAAAAAGAAAAUGAAAAAAAAAAACACAAACACACACACAUACACACAUGUGAUGAAAGGUAGCAUCGCCACGUCUCGUUGCAAA